UUCCCUGAAACAAAAACAGUACAACAAAAGAACCACUUAAUAAAGACAUACGUAUGUACAUUGUACAUGUGCUACCCUAAAUGUUGCCACCAGGUGGUGGAUGUCCUCCAGAGGGAACACUCCUAUGAAGGGGAGGACACUCACUUCCAGCACAUGCUUGCCUCCUCCUCUUGUAUGAAUAGUGUGACUGUGAGCGGGAGGCAGUCAGGGAACAUUCAGCAGAAGUGACCGCACUGCUCAGCUGUGUUCUCACUACAGAUACUGGACAAGAAGGCAGCAGGCCAUGCAUAAACACACAAAGAGACCAGAGGAAGAGCGAUAGCUGUCCAUGUUUUGCCUGCCACACAGUCUCUGUCUUUGCUAACAGAGAGCAGUGUGGACUUGUCUUUGCUUCAAUAACAAGGUCCAAGUCUUUAUUAAUUCAUCUCAGCUCUUGCUUUCAAACAUGGGGUGCUCCUCAUCCAGUGCACAGACUGUGGAUCAAGAGAAAAGACCAGGUUCAAAGCCAGAGGAGAGCAAUGGAGAUACAGUGGCAGUCAGAAACGGUAUUAUCGCAGAAGAUGCACAAACCAUUGAGGACCAGAUGCAGUUGCCUGUCCAGACCGCCUUACCAGAUGAUCUUCAACCAGGUGCCGAUGACGAGGCAGAGGGUGUGUUAGUAGCCAUGGAGGCCCAAGAGGAUCUUGGCUCUGGUGAGGACCUCCUGGCUGCUCCUGAGCCCCAACCAGAACCUGUUACCCCUGCAGAGCCAGCUUCAGAGGCUGCUGUUUCAGCUGAAGCCGCCACUGAACCUGAGGCUGCUAAAGUGGUGGUGGAGGCACUACCCCUUGUGGAGGAAGCUGCCCCUGUAGAAACUGUAGUGUCUGAGGCUGCUCCUGAUGUCGAAGCCCUCACUGAGGCUAAAGAGGAGACCCCUGCUGCUGUAGCUGUGCAGGUAGAGGCUCCUCCUGUUGUUGAGGAGUUGAUCGCUGUGCCAGCCGAGGCCUCUUCUGAAGUUGCCACCCCCGCCAUUGAACCUGUUGUGUCUGAGUCAGCAGAGGCCCCAGUAGUUAUGGAAGAGACAACAGCUGCAGUGGCUGAGGUCCCUGCUGAAGUGGCUGCUCCUGUAGAGGCAGAGGCUCCAGCUGACAAUGUUGCAGAAGUCCCUGCCCCAGCAACACCAUGUGAAUCCUCAGAACAAGACGAAGCUGCAGCACCAGCACCAAGUGAGGGUGCAGCCUCUGGAGAAGCUUCAGUACCAGCCCCAAUCGAGGGUGCAGCCCCAGGUGAAUCCUCAGCACCUGUAGAGGCAAAAGAGCCUAUAAUAGAUACAGAGAUUGCUGUAGCAACUAUUCCAGAGAUGCCUCCAUUAUCUUCAGCCUCAGUUGACGCUCAAGUUGAACCUCAGCCUGAAGUUGAGGAGGCACUAGCACUUUCUGUGGCUCCUGCUGAGACUGCAGAGAUGCCCUCAGAACAAACCUCUGCUCCUGCUCAAGAAGCUGAAUCAGCUGCUGCUGAGCCAGUCCAGGAGGUAGAGGCUCCAGCACCUACAUCAGAGGUUUUGGAAGCCUCUUCAGAAGCAGGUCCAGCAGUGGUUCCAGCAGCAAUUGUGGCCACAGAGUCAGCGGCAGACAGUGCAGCCCCUGCAGAGGCUCCUGUGGUUGAGUCCUCCCCAGGAGACUCUGCAGCAUUGUCAGCACCUGCAGUGGUGUCAGCGGCUGAGGCUUCUCAGGAUACAGAGAGUGAGAAAGCCAAAAAGGAGGACUGAGUUGAGAGAAGGGAUUCACCAAAGUAACAAAAAACCCAAAGCUACCAUUUUAAGGCAACUGGAAGAAAAACAAGACAAAGCAACAAACACCACAUUUUCUGUAUUGUCUCCUCAGCGCUCACCAAACUGUACACCAGAAAUAUUAAUAUGCAUUGUGCCUUAAUAACAUGUCAUUUAGGAAAGAUCAGGAUUUUUCCUAUAUUUGUAAAUAUAAACUAAUUUUUCUACUGAGACCUUACGUGCCUGGAGCCACAUAAUCUACAUGCAGGCCUGUGCAAAGAAAAUACUAUAAAAACACCAGGAUGAGACACAAGGGUGCAAUAUCCUGUGUAAUCUGUGAUGUGUUGUGACAGUGUGGUGAACCAGGAAAGGAUGUUUGUGAAGAAAAUCCUUGAGUAUUUAAUAUAGCUGCUGCUGAGGAAUACAAGCCAAACACAACUGUGAAUAAAAUUAUGCAAAGAGCUUGAGGUGACGGAAACACCUAACUGGGUGAGUGAACAACACAGGAUUACACUGCCAGUGUAAUUGUAAUUUUUAUCACCAAUAUGAAACUGAUUUUACAGGAUCACAUUUAAAAUCUGCCAUAAACUAUUUGGUGUUUACACAUUAUUUAGUUGCAGCCUUUCUAAUAAGGCUCAUUUAAUUAAUAUAGGAAUGACAGUACUAAAUGCUGAGUAACAGAGUGUACAGUGUAAUACUGAUCAGCACUUUGCAUAAAGAAGAAAAUGCAUGCAGAUGGUUAAAAAGAUCAGUAAUGACAUAAUAAAUCAUGGCCAAACUGAGGAUGCAGAUGAUCCUAGUACUGAUACGUCAUCUGGCUGUUCCAUGAAGCCAAAUUGUGCAGCUGGUCUCUAGCUGGCAGGUAAAACUAUUUUCCUGAAAAGAAAGUCACUUUGAACUACAAAUUUAAAGGAAUCGUAAAGCUUGGCAAGGCUGAUGUCACAUGCACAUUGGUUUUGGUUUGAGUGCAGCACGUACAUGUGUAGCACAGUAAGAGAUUAACUACCAUAGUGGACAUGAUUUUUAAAUUGUUAUUAGUUCUACGUGCUGUGUUAAAAACAGUGUAUUUUAUCACCUUCCUAAGAUGUGAUGGAUGUUUGUGGGAACAAAAAUUUGUUUUGAUGUAAUUUGUUUGUUGUAUCUUUUUUCAUCCAUUUCUUUAUCUGUACUAUAUUCAUUUCCUGAGCUUUGUCUAUGAUUCUGCUAACGUAGUGUACAGAAUAAAGUUUUACUGACUAAUACAUGUGCUUUUUUUUAAAUGAAAUGGGACUGUGUUUUUAAAACUCCAAUGCAUGUAGAGACAGCUGAGGUGUACAUUAGAGUGGUGAAAGACAGUCAGUCACUGACAUUAUCCAAAGCUACAGGACUGACCAUUAAGACAGAUGUUUUUCAUCUACAGUCUCACAGCUUUCUCAAGUGACACACCCUGGUCAGUCAAUCGCAGGGUUGACAGACAAAGACAGACAACCACACAUGCACACACUCACAACUUGUAGCCAAUUUACCUUAUGUGCAUGUUGUUGGGACUGUAGGAGGCGGGUGGAGUACCCAGAGAAAACCCACACAGAGCCUGGGUUUCCUCGAACCUGGAACCUUCUUGCUGUGUGGCGACAGUGCUAACCACUGCACCACCAUGCCGCCCCACUGCACAACUCUGUGAUUUAAAUUAUUAAUAAUAAUGCGUGCACAAAACCUGCCCAGGCUCGACUUCAUACCAUUUAAAAUGAAUUCAUAACUCAGCCUUGUGUUUCCCCUGUUUCUCCUAUAAGCAUAAUAAACCACACACACAAUGUAGUGUGUGUGACCCUGGAGCACGCGAGUGAAAAAAGAAGACUGUUGUUAAUAUUCCACAUUA